GGCCAGUGCAGAGAGGUUUUUACUCUAUUUCCUCGCUCUCACAAGAGGCAGAGGAAGGGGAAGAGCCAAGAAAACAGGAAGAGAGAUGGCUUUUAGGCUGACCUCCUUGAAGGAGCCAUUCCUCUGCUUCACUCUCUGGGGCAAAAGGAAUGCCGAAUUGCGCAGGGUUCCCAUGACUUCCACCAUCCCCUCCGCCGUCGCCAAGGUGGAGACGCCCAAAAAACUCUUCACGCCUCGCGCGGUGCAUGUCCAGAUCACUCAUUCCUUGCCUCCUCAGAAGAUUGAAAUUUUUAAAUCAUUGGAAGGUUGGGCAGAGGAAAACAUAUUGGUGCAUUUGAAGCCUGUUGAGAAAUGUUGGCAGCCACAAGAUUUUCUUCCAGAUCCUUCAUCAGAGGGGUUCAAUGAAGAGGUUAAGGAACUGAGAGAGCGGUGUAAGGAGAUUCCUGACGACUAUUUUGUUUGCUUGGUGGGAGAUAUGAUCACUGAAGAAGCUCUUCCUACAUACCAAACAAUGCUAAACACCUAUGAUGGUGUCAGGGAUGAGACAGGAGCAAGUCUUACCUCAUGGGCUCUCUGGACUAGAGCUUGGACUGCUGAAGAGAACAGGCAUGGAGAUCUUCUGAACAAGUAUCUAUACUUGUCUGGAAGGGUAGACAUGAAACAAAUCGAGAAGACAAUUCAGUAUCUUAUUGGUUCUGGAAUGGAUCCAAGGACAGAGAACAAUCCAUAUCUUGGUUUUGUUUAUACAUCGUUUCAAGAACGGGCGACCUUCAUCUCCCAUGGAAAUACUGCCCGGCAUGCUAAGAAGUAUGGAGAUCUCAAGUUGGCACAAAUAUGCGGCAUUAUUGCAUCAGACGAGAAGCGCCAUGAAAGAGCAUACAUUAAGAUAGUUGAGAAACUGUUUGAAAUCGACCCGGAUGGCGCUGUUCUUGCAUUUGCUGACAUGAUGAAGAAGAAAAUUUCAAUGCCCGGUCAUUUGAUCUACGAUGGCUACGAUGAUAAGCUCUUUGAGCACUUCUCAUCUGUUGCCCAGAGGUUGGGUGUUUACACAGCUAAGGACUAUGCCGACAUACUAGAGUUCCUUGUCGCGAGGUGGAAGGUCAGCGAGCUAGCAAACCUCUCCGGGGAAGGUAACAAAGCCCAGGACUUUGUCUGCACUUUAGCUCCAAGGAUCAGAAGGCUUGACGAAAGAACUCACGGGAGAGCCAAGAAAACAACAGCAAUACCCUUCAGUUGGAUCCAUGGCAGGGAAGUGCAGCUCUAAUUCAGUUGCUGUUCUUAGAGUUCCAAGUAAGUUUUAGCAUCAGGUUCAUGCUAUGAUUUUCUUCUGUUGUUUUGAUGUCGAUCGAUUUAGGAAGGGGAUACUCUUCCAAGGUAUGUUAAAUAUAUCUUAUGGCUUGUGCUUAAUUCAAACUGUCGAACUAUUCUUCUUUGGGGGAGCUUACUAGAUUUGUCGAAAGAAAAGGAUGUA